GCAUAUGGUCCGAUUUGAGUAUCCACAAAAACAAAUAUUCUCACACCAGUUUUUAUGAAGUGAACGUGUGUCCAUGCUCGACAGUGGCAGACUGGCAGCAUAUAGUACCACCGUACCAGCCAACGAUUCAAAAAUAUGGAGCCAACCGAUCCUCUGCUAAUCUCAAGUUCCAGAGGGAAUCAGUCCCAAGAAGAAGAAGCUAAAUUGGUGAAUGAAACAUGGGGAGAAUCGAAGAAGAUAUGGCAAAUAGCCGGACCCACAAUCUUCAGCCGUCUGGCCAUGUUUUCUCUUACCGUCAUCACUCAGUCAUUCGCCGGUCACCUCGGAAACGGUAACCUCGCCGCCAUCUCCAUUGUCACCACUCUGCUCAUCGGCAUCACCUUUGGCUUAUUGCUUGGGAUGGCAAGUGCAAUGGAAACAUUGUGUGGCCAAGCUUAUGGAGCAAAGCAGUAUCACAUGCUGGGCAUAUACUUGCAGCGCUCAUGUAUUCUGCUCUCUUUGAGCUCUAUUGCUUUGUUGCCUCUUUUUAUGUUUGCCUCUCCCAUAGUUAAACUCUUGGGUCAGUCAGAUGACGUGGCUGAAUUGACCGGUGAGGUGGCGAUAUGGCUAAUCCCUAUGCACUUGAGCUUUCCCUUUCAGUUUACAUUGAUGAGAUUCCUGCAGUGCCAACUAAAGACUUUGGUGAUCGCUUGGGUUUGUGGUGGAACACUUCUACUCCACGUAGUUUUGAACUGGGUUUUUGUUUAUACGUUGAGAGUUGGGAUUGUUGGAACUGCUAUUGUUCUUGAUAUUUCAUGGUGGGCUUCUGUUAUUGGACUUGUUGCUUAUAUUGUCUUUGGAGGAUGCCCACAUUCUUGGACUGGUUUCUCUAGGCAAGGGAUCUUUGGUCUUUGGCAGUUCUUUAAGCUUUCUUUGGCCUCUGGAGUUAUGCUCUCAUUGGAGAAUUUCUACUUUAGAGUUUUAAUCAUCGUCUCAGGCUAUGUGAAGAAUAUUGAUGUUUCCAUUGACGCUCUCUCCGUCUGUGUUACUAUCAUCGGUUGGGAAUCCAUGAUUCCAUUAGGACUAUUUGCUGCAACAGGGAUUCGUGUGGCAACUGAACUAGGAGCAGGAAAUAGAAAAGGAGCAAGGCUUGCAACUAAAGUGUCAUUAUUGAACUCUUUUAUAAUUGGCGUCAUGUUUUGGUUGAUUAUUAUGGCAUAUCCUGAGAAGCUUGCUAUGAUCUUUACCUCAAACACCGCUGUUAUAAAAAUGGUUCAUGACCUUUCUUUCUUGUUAGCAACUACUCUUCUAAUCAACUGCAUUCAACCCAUACUCUCAGGAGUAGCUGUUGGAUUUGGUUGGCAGGCGCUGGUGGCAUAUGUAAACAUCGGAAGUUACUAUCUCGUUGGGAUCCCAUUAGGGCUAUUCCUAGGAUACUUCUACCAUUUCGGAUUGAAGGGCAUCUGGAUAGGAAUGAUGUGUGGAACAGUGGUUCAAACAUUGAUUUUAACAGUUCUCACAUUGAGAUGUGGGUGGUAGAGGUAAAUUUAGGGGCCGCGGGUCUUUCUACAUUAUGUUAUUUGUAAAACAGCCCUUCUUCCUGAGCUACUGACGUUAAAAUCCCACUAGAGUGACCAAAUCCUCAUAGGUAUCUUACUCUUUCCUUAGAGCCUUCAAAAUGUGAAGUUUUUGUUACCCUCUUCUCACUGUGCGGGUAUCAGUUAACUGAACCUGUUGUGUAUAAAAGUGUAAAUGUAUGCAUUAAAAGUGCUCUAUGGCCUAUGCGUAUUAUAUCCCACAAGUUUAUUCAUUUGACAAAUACUAGUAAGAGUUUUGGGUUUCGGUUUGAGAAUGCAAUGUAUUAGAAGAGGUUGUGCUAUAGAAGUAUAGAGUUUGGU